ACAUCGUGAGAAAGGAAUGCAUGCGCACGCGCCUUAUUUUUCUCAGAAUUUGGCUGUGCGAGUCAAAUUCAGUUCCAGAAAGACUGCUGUGACUGGGAGACAUAGCCCAGAUUUAAUUUAGUGAGAAGCCUGAAUGUACCAGCUCACGAGCUCCUUAGCUGUCGUAGAAUAGAGGAAUACUGUGAACUGCAACAAAGGCAUUCUGUGCAUCUUCGCUGUGCAAUUCGCAGCGAGAGGAGCUAGUGCCAGAUAUCUUGCGUUCAGUUUUUCCUUGUGUCACUCACUAUGAUUUGAUUAUUUUCAAUCGAGAAUUAUUAUCAUUUCAAAAGAGUGACAGAUGGGCAAAGAAAAUUGUCGUAACAAUAAAUAAAGAGAAGGACACAAUUUUAAUUUUCUCCCGAUGCUUCGGGCAUUCAAAUGGUAAUGUUGCUCCAUAACUCGGAUAGACUGGCUUCGGCCCCACCCCCUUUUUCAAGUCCCUAACAGUUUUGGUUGUUCGUUGGAUCCCGUCUUUUGAUACAGUGAAGUGGGAACUCUCUGGUGGGUCACUUUUAAAAUUGCUAGUUCCUAGGCUACUGAUUCCCCUGUGCGAAAGGGUGCUCUGGUGUCCCGUUUCUUCCCGUUUCCCUCAUUGCUUCGUCGUAGGCGUCCAAGUUCAGGUGGCAUUAGGGGCGCCCGAGCAUGUUAGUUCGCAGCAGUCGCGAGCUCCAGAGACCUGCACUUUACCGCUCUCUGUUUCUCGCGCUGCGUCUCGCCGCAGCUGCGACUUCUCAAUGGAGCUAACGCCAGCGACAUAACGCACUUCACGUGAAAAGGGGGAGCAGUGCGCUGUCUGUGGCAACACCGGAGAGUGAAGGGAAGCAAAUCCGGGAACGCUGAGGUGUGUGCUAUCCCACCUCUUUUGUGAAAAAAAAAUAAAAAAAAAUAAAUCAAUAAAAGCCGUGGAAGCCGUUCGUCUGCUUUGCCGCUGUCGGCUGAAGGAAGGAAGGGUACCGACUCUCUCCGCGCAGAGACGCCUCUGGGAGUGGAUUCCGGGCGGAGCGGAGGCCUUGGGCGGUGGGGAGCGGCGGGGUUCUUGGUGCAUGUUUUCUCGUGGCGAGGACUUCGGCUCGCGGCACAGAUGAGGCUGAGCGGCUCGGCGGCGGCGACGGCGGCGGCGUGGAGCGCGGUGGCCGUGGCGACGCUGCUGCUGACGGUCGCCCCGCGGGAGGCGGGGUGCGCGGGGUCGAGCGCCGACGGCGGGCCCCCACCUGAGCUGCUCCCGGAGGCCCCCGGGGACGCCGGCUCGGCCCUCGCCAGGCAGAAGAGGAGCUGGGUUUGGAACCAGUUCUUCGUGCUGGAGGAGUACACCGGGGACGACCCGCUCUACGUCGGGAAGUUGCACUCCGACGUGGACAAGGGGGAGGGCCGCGUGAAGUACGUCCUGUCCGGCGAGGGCGCCACCUCCAUCUUCAUCAUCGACGAGAACACGGGCGACAUCCACGCCACCAAGCGCCUGGACCGCGAGGAGCAGGCCUACUACACGCUGCGCGCCCAGGCCGUGGACCGGGCCUCCAACAGGCCCGUCGAACCCGAGUCCGAGUUCGUCAUCAAGGUCCAGGACAUCAACGACAACGAGCCCAAGUUCCUGGACGGGCCCUACACGGCCGGGGUGCCCGAGAUGUCCCCUGUCGGGACCUCAGUGGUUCAGGUGGCAGCGACUGACGCAGAUGACCCCACGUAUGGAAACAGCGCCAGGGUGGUCUACAGUAUUUUGGAGGGACAGCCCUACUUCUCCGUUGAACCAAAGACAGGUGUCAUCAGGACCGCUCUGCCCAACAUGGACCGGGAGGCGCGGGACGAGUACCUCCUGGUCAUCAUGGCCAAGGACAUGGUGGGGCAGAUGGGCGGGCUCUCCGGCACCACGUCCGUCACCGUCACGCUGACGGACGUGAACGACAACCCGCCGCGCUUCUCUCGCAAAUCCUAUCAGUUCACCGUUCCGGAAUCCCUGCCCCCGGCCUCCGUGGUGGCGAAGAUAAAGGCGGCGGACCCCGACGUGGGGCCCAACGCCGAGAUGGAGUUCCGGAUCGUCGACGGGGACGGCCUGGGGGCGUUCCGAGUCACUCCGGACAAAGACACGCAGGAGGGAGUCAUAACUCUGCAAAAGAAUGCUGGUUUCGAGACCAAGGCGAGCUACACGCUCCGGAUCGAGGCGACGAACCGCAACAUCGACCCGCGCUUCCUCAGCCUGGGCCCGUUCUCGGACAUGGCCACGGUGCGGGUGACGGUGGAGGACGUCGACGAGCCCCCCGUCUUCUCCUCGCCCCUCAGCAGGAUGGCGGUGUCCGAGGCCGCCAAGGUGGGCACCGUCAUCGGCACCGUCUCCGCCCACGACCCCGACUCCUCCAACAACGCCAUCAGAUACUCCAUAGACCGCAACACAGAUCUGGAGCGCUUCUUCAACAUCGACGCCAUGACGGGGGUCAUCAGCACCGCCAAGCAGCUGGACCGAGAGGCCAACGCAGUGCACAACAUCACCAUCCUCGCCUUGGAGAGCCAGGACCCGUCCCAAGUUGGGAAGGGCAUCGCCCUGAUCACAGUGACGGACAUCAACGACAACGCGCCCGUCUUCGCCAUCGAGUACGAGACGUUCCUCUGUGAAGGUGCCAGUCCCGGACAGGUCAUCCAGACCAUCAGCGCGGUCGACCGGGACGAGCCGCCGAGCGGACACCGCUUCUUCUUCGCACUGACCGCGGAGGCGGCCGGCAACCUCAACUUCACGCUCCGAGACAACAAAGACAACACAGCGUCCGUCCUGACCAAGCGGGGGGGAUUCCGUCGGCGGGAGCAGUCCCUGUACCGGCUGCCCAUCCUGAUCGUGGACGGCGGAAGCCCCUCCCUCAGCAGCACCAACACGCUGCCCAUCCGGGUGUGCCACUGCGACGGCGAGGGCGUGGCACAGUCCUGCAGCCCGGCCGAGGCCUACAUGCUGCCCGCCGGCCUCAGCACCGGCGCCCUCAUCGCCAUCCUGGCCUGCGUGCUCACGCUGCUGGUGCUGGUGCUGCUCAUCGUGACCAUGCGCCGGCGGAAGAAGGAGCCGCUCAUCCUGGACGAGGAGCGGGACGUGCGGGAGAACAUCGUGCGCUACGACGACGAGGGCGGCGGCGAGGAGGACACCGAGGCCUUCGACAUGGUCGCCCUGCGCAACCUCAACGUCGUCCGCGACCACAAGACCCGGCGGGACGUCACGCCCGAGGUGCCCGCCCUCUUCUCCGCCGCCCGGCCGCCGCCCUACAAGGUCGUCCCGGACAACGGGAUCUUCCGGGAGUUCAUCUGGGACCGGCUGAAGGACGCGGACGUGGACCCGUCGGCGCCCCCUUACGACUCGCUGCAGACCUACGCCUUCGAGGGCAGCGGCUCGGUGGCGGAGUCCCUCAGCUCGCUGGAGUCGCUCAGCACGGACUCCGACCAGAACUACGACUACCUGAGCGACUGGGGGCCGCGGUUUAAGAAGCUGGCCGACCUGUACGGCCACGCCGACGGCAGCAGUCUGUUCUCGUAGCGUCGCGGAUUCUCGUCGGCUGACUGUGGAUUACAAACAAAUGGAAAAAAAAAAACAAAAAAAAAACUAGUAUUGCUAUCGUUGGAAAGAGCGGGGGGAAAAAAGACAAGACACCAAAACUUUUUUAAAAGGAUGGAAAUAAAAUAAGUUUGGAUGGGUAGAAGAAAAAUUAAAUCAGAUUGGAUUAGUGAAGAGUAAGAGAAGAGAGAACAACAAAAAAAAAUUAUUAUUGACAGUUUUGUGUGUUGAUACGGAUAACAUUUGCAAAGAAAAAAAAAUUGGACUUUUUUGGUCGUAAAAAGAUUAUAACAGGACAGUUUAUAAAAGGCAGUUUGGCUAACGAAGUUGGACACUGUGGUGGGAGUCGACCCUAGUGGACAAAACAGCCGGAACAUUCUAGAGACUUCCCCACAGCUACGCUAAGCCCUUACAACAACGCGGUUUCACUCCCAGGAAUCCUGCUGCAGUUACUGUUAUAUCUCCGAGCAAAACUGAAACCCUUUUUUUUUGUAUCAACUCUUUAUCUGUAGUGGUUUAGUCAGUGCGGCUGCAUUUUAAACAAGCCCCGUGGUUCAUUUUGCUAUGUACAUCUCGAUAUCGGUAUCAACGUUUUUUUUUUGGUUUUUUCCACAGAUCUUUUCAUGGAUUUCCUCUUUGGAUUACAUCACCAUAUUGACAUACGGGGGUAGAGAAAGAACAAGAUAAAUUUGAUCGGUGUUUCGUGUGAAAGAUGCGUCUGCCAGACACGGCUACAGUACUAUGUAAAAGACUUUUACAUCCUCCCUGAAAUCUGCUGUCAAAUCGCAAGUCCAGGAAAGUGACCUGCUUCCUGUUCAUGCUGACAUCUCUUCGAUCCCUACAGGAGAAUAAACACUCUCUUUCAUUCUUUCAGUACAGAA